AUGUUCUCGUGCUGCUGCGCGGACAACCGCGAGGACAUCCAGUCCUCGGAGAUCACCACGCUACCAGCUGACGCACAUUGUGGCGAGGAAUCCCGCGUCGAUGUCCGAUCGGAUGACGUAGCCAGCACCGCCACCCCCCCGUCAGGCGCGGCAGACGGCAAAGCGGAAGAAUCCAAACCCCAGAGAGCCCCCAUCAAGGGGGGCGUCUUCAAGCCCCCUCCGAAGCGCGAGGAGCCGCCUGCUCCUGUUCCCAUGACCCUGCCCAAGUCCGACCACGCCAGACGGUCUUCCGUUCCUAUCGAGGCCGAGCUGGGCUCCGGUGCCUAUCUGGUGUACGAACAGGAAACUAACUCCCUGUAUGCCCAGUGGAGUCGCGUUCCGGUGGAAGGCGCUGUGGCGUGGCUGCGGCCUCUGGUACAAGUCCCCGGUCACAAAUUCAACUUGAACAAGGGGAAGUGCGUUCUCACAAAGGAGGCGCAGAACACGGAGAAAUAUUGUGGAGCGUGGGUCACCUUCUUGAAAAUCACGCGGGAAUACCCGUCGAAGCUCAUGCUGAUGGAUAACUUCGAGGCGAGCGGCGCCCCUCCAGUGCAGGUCCUCAUUUUAGAAAACCCCCUUGAUGACCCCGGCAAAACCGUUACGAAGAAAUUGUCCAGCUACGGAGUGCUUUACGAUAUGAUGAAGAACGUGAAAGCGGUUGCGGUGGUUCCAGCGACCAGCACACUUAUCCCGCUGGAUGAGCCCAUGGAAAUCAAGAUAUUCCUCCAGCGAGGAACUGGCGAGGGUGCAGCUGUGGGAUUUGACAGUAUGAAUGCGUAG